GGGGGGGGCUCCGGGCUCCAACACGUUUUUUGGGGGCGGGAGGGGGGAACGGUGUCCCCCCCCGCCCGGUGUGGCGCGUCCCUACCGAGCACAAGGCCCUCUGACGCGCGGCCAUGGGGAGACCCAGGAAGGAGCCCGGCGGCACCUCGUCCCCUCGCCCGGCCGCGGCCGCCUCCAAAGCCGCCCCGGCUGCGCCACCGCCUUCCGCCUCAGCCACCAAGGCCACAGCCGCGGCCACCGGCAGCCGAUCCCGGAGCGCUCCGGCUGCCGGCCCUAGUCGGGGGCGGGGGGCGAAGACAAACUCCUCUCAGCCAAGACCUGCAGCGUCCCACGGAGCCCGAGGGGACGCCAGGGACCAGCACAGAGCAUCCACCGGGACUUGCUCCACAGCCCAGAAGGUGCCUGAUGCCAAAGGAGCCGCCGGCGCGGCUCCACGUCAGGGACCCACGUCACAUGGGUCCAUCAGAGCGGACCCACGUCCUCCACGUCAGGGACCCACGUCACAUGGGUCCAUCAGAGCGGACCCGCGUCCUCCACGUCAGGGACCCACGUCACAUGGGUCCAUCAGAGCGGACCCACGUCCGCAGAAGAAGCCGCUUGGGGCUGACCUGAGUGGGGCCGUGGGCCAGUUCCUGCCCCCCCUGGAGAGCCAGGACAUCCCCUGGGUGGAGCAGGAGACGCGGGGCCAGCGGAGCAACCCCAAGUGGUACCAGUGGCGGGAGAACCGCAUCACCGCCUCCGUGGCCCCCCGCAUCGCCAACAGCAAGUUCGCCAACGGCAAGACGGACGAGGUGCCCCAGUCCUACCUGAGGGCGGUGGUGAGCUCCGGCCCCAGCGUGCAGACGCCAGCCAUGUCCUGGGGGAUCCGCAACGAGAAGGCGGCCCUGCAGGCCUACGAGCAGCUGAAGUCACAGGUGGUGGGCAAGGCGGUGCAGGUGGACGACUGCGGCCUCUUCAUCCACCGGGAGAAGAAGUGGAUCGCCGCCAGCCCGGACGGCGUCAUCAAGGAGGCGGCCACGGGGAAGGCCCUGGGGCUGGUGGAGGUGAAGUGUCCCUACAAGCACAGGAACAGGACGGUGCGCGAGGCCUGCAAGGACAAGGACUUCUGCCUGGAGGUGGAUGGCGACGCCUACGCCCUGAAGAAGGAUCACCCUUACUUCACCCAGGUCCAGUGCCAGCUGGCGGCCGCUGGCUUCCAGCAGGCCGACUUCGUGGUGCACACCACCAAGGAGACGGCCGUGGUCCCCGUGGAGUUCGAUGCCAAGUUCUGGGGGCAGACGGUGCCCAAGCUGGAGAAGUUUUACACCGAGGCGGUGAUUCCCCACCUGGAGGCGAAGGCAGGCGGCUCCGCCUGGGCCAAGGAGGAGUAGAGUCCCCUGCCUCGCUCGCCACACAAACCCAGCUUUGGCCCCUUGCAUAGAAAUUACGCCCCGUUUUGCUGCCCUUCUUGGACCGUUCGCUGCCUCUGCCCCAGUGCGACCGCCUCGGGACGGAAACGAUGCUCCAGCAGCACCCUGCUGCGGGGAGGGACUCCUCCAACAGCCACUUCGUCCUGCCCAGCCAGGCCAGCGCUCGGCCCCCAGUGCCUUUUUGCCCUGUUCCCCUCGCUGCGUCCCCCAUUUGGCCUGACGGCUGGAAGCUGGGACACCUCGGGGGCUGCAGGGGAAGCCAGUGAUAACCUCUGUGCUGGAAUAACACGUAUUUUGUGGAGAAAACUGGAUCCUUUGGUACCUCAGCUGCUCUCAGGACUAAAUCGUAACGCCACUGUGGAGCGGAGCCGGAGCCAGAGCCAGAGAAGGUUUAUUGUCGCUCGAGAGGAAAGUACAGCUUUUGAGAUAAAUUGUGAUGUACUUUGAGUCACAGCAAGGGUGCACGGACCCCCCCAGACCCUCCGGCCAUGAGACCUGUUUCUUUGGAGUAACCCACGAUGCUCAUGACGAGCCGGCCACAGCCUGGGGAAGACGGUGCCCGUUGAAGAGGUUGUCCCCGAGUCCAGCGGGUUCCCGUGGGGCACCCCCAUGCGCGGGAGGGGCAUUGCUCUGUUCAAUACAACAUGCACCGCUCUGCCCGCUCCCUGUCGUUUGUGCAGCUUGAUGUUCGCCUGGGGGGCAGUGGGUG